UGGAGGGGUCGUGGGGCGCGAACCGGGGGACCACAGGAGGACAUAUGCUACCGAUGUGGAUGUGUUGGACACUGGGCAAAACAUUGCUGGGCCAUACCAAAUCACGGGGAACCAGGUAUGAUCCCCCACAAUCCCAAUGUUAUACCUGGACAGUCUUUUCAGGGGAAUAACGAGCCCACACAGAACAUCUAGUGACACGCCCCUAGAGACCCACAGCCCAGCAUGGGAACUGCAGACCCCAUGCUGUCAGCAACACUGGAGGGGAGAGAAACACACUUCCUGGUGGACACAGGUGCUACACACAGCACAUUGAACUUUGUUUCUCCCCUCAGUUUGACAUCACAAACUGUAUCUUUAACUGGGUUCUCAAGGACAGAACAAAGUCUGCCUUUCACUAAGCCUCUGACCUUCACACUGGGCAAUCAGCACCUGCAACAUUCUUUUGUCAGCUCUCCCACAACUCCCGUCAAUUUGCUAGGAAGAGACUUACUGAUAAAACUGGGAGCAACAAUUAUGUGCUCUGUGAAUGGAUUAAUUGUUUCAUUUCCCGAUGGCACGUCCCUCCCUUGUGCAAACUUUCACACGGAUGGACAAUUUCUCAUGCAGCCAGUUGUUUCUGAGUAUGCAGACAUAUAUUGGGGCCUUUUAACGAACUUACCCUCCAGCUGUCUAAUGUCAACGUUUGUGGACUGGAAACCUUGGCUCCUGUGUCUGUGCUCCUACGUCUCUCCUCCGGAUCCCCCCCACGUGACCCUGUUCUACGACAGAGACGUCUCUGAAUGGUACCAGGAACCUUUCCUUUCCACUUUGGAGGAAACAACCUGGGAGGUGGACUCUGAGAGACCCCUCUGGAUUCCUCAGUAUCCACACAAACCCGCAGCUGAACAGGGCAUCGCAGAGACAAUAACAGGACUGAUUGAGGCUGGAGUGCUGGAACCCUCAAAGUCUGACUGGAACACACCCAUUUGA